AUGGAGAACCAAGGUGUGGCAUUUGAUGAAGAGCUUGAUUCAGCCUCAGAUCGCAAAGGCAAAGUCAUCAUCGACCAGGAAGCCCAUGAGAGUAUUCCCAAUGGGACCCAGCUUGGGGACACUUUCUCAAUCCGACGCAAAGUGGAAUCCUUGAAGCAUGGAGAUAUCUACGAUGUGAACCAUGUCGCGAUGACCAAAGUCAACAUGGAGACAAGAUACCAAGCAAGAGCGUUCCAGACACACGGUCUCUUACCAAAAGUUGAAGCACAUAUUCGUCGUACAAUCAGGCGGAUGUCACAAAGAACGGUUCUUCGCACCACUUGGCGUCAGCUUGAGGUGGUUGUCUUCAAGGCAGAAAACCUGGACAGAUCUGAGAGCAACAACCCUGUCCAAGCAAAGUCUGAAGGCCCAAGUUGCCCGCCACCAUCUGAGCCAGCAUCUCCAAAGAGGACAAAGAAGACAUCGGCAACAAGGAAAGAGUCGGAACGACUUCGGCAGCAAUCUCGCCGAAAGAGAAACGUCCAAAGAAAGCAAGCACAAAACAUAUCGCCUGAGGUCAAAUUGAUUCAAACUGAGCAAGGAUUUGGUCUUGGCCUCCUUCUCGACAUCGAUCCAGAUGAUAUCAUCUUUCUUCAUCGAAUCAAUCGUAUAACCUCUUUCAGAUCACUAUGGACCUCCUGGGAUCUCAAACAAUAUCUUGAAGCACGUCGUAAACGGACCGCACCGUCUGGCGUUGAGAGUUUGUCGGAUAUGAUCAGGCACGAAGAAGUGUACCUUCAUCGACAGAGGAAUAAAUUCACAGCAAUCAUGGAGAAAUGCACGAAGUAUAUUUCAGAGAAUCGGGACGCGAAAAAUCACAGUCAAGGAUUUAUGCCAAGCGCGUCAAUUUCUUUAAGCGCUCGGAAGACUUUAUUUCUACUAGGUUCUCUCUGCCAGAAUGAGCUCACAGCCACAAGUCUUAACUGCAAAUUCCUACAGCGAUAUAUGAUUCUACUUUCUGGACUUGAUGCACUGGAUGCUAUCCUUGUUUGGCCUGGAGAGACCGCUAGUAUUAGUCGCCUGCGCUCAGUUAAGUAG